UGAUUGACGACAGGCGACAGCGUCGACAGCAAAUGAUGAUUAGUCCUCGUACGAAUUAGUAGACUUACUUUUUUGUAAUAACAUUACUAAAAAUGCAUGUUUUAUAUAAAUAAUGCAAAUUUCAAGUGAAAUCCCACUUAUUUUUUAGUCUUUCCUAUAAUUCUUUAACAGUUGUCUCCGAGCUUGAAAUGACGUGAGAUAAGUGCUUAACAAUAUAAAUAUAAUGUUACCUCUCAUACAAAAGGACACCCGACAGACCCGGGGUGCCAUUUCGGGCAUUCCCGAAAAGUUUCAAAACUGGCUGAGAUUAAUAUUUUCCGACAAAAAUUCCAAGAAUUUAUUUCUUUUCCUUCUACUAAAUUUGUCCUUUGCGUUUGUGGAGUUAUUCUAUGGAGUUUGGACAAAUAGUUUGGGUCUGAUUUCUGAUGCAUUCCAUAUGUUCUUUGACUGUACGGGUUUGGUGGCUGGACUGGCAGCUUCAUUAGUAUCAAAAUGGAGGGCAAAUGAACGCUACUCAUAUGGCUAUGCAAGAGCCGAGGUGCUGGCAGGCUUUGUAAAUGGACUUUUUUUGCUCUUCAUUUCAUUUUUUAUCCUAAAGGAGGCAGUGGAAAGAGCUAUUGAGCCACCUGAGGUAAAACAUGAAAGAUUGCUUGUCGUCUCCAUACUUGGGUUCUUAGUCAACCUCGUCGGGAUAUACGCUUUCCACCACGGCCACGGCCACGGCCAUGGCGGCCAUGGUCAUUCACAUGGUGGUCACGGUCAUUCGCACAACCACGAUCACGGUCACUCGCACGAUGACAUCGAAGCUCCCACCGGUGCGGGAUCUGCCAUAAUGCGCGGAGUGUUCCUUCACGUUCUCGCCGAUACACUCGGCUCUGUCGGUGUCAUAAUAUCAGCCAUUUUAAUGCAGUUAUUUGGCUGGAUGAGAGCAGAUCCAAUUUGCUCAAUGGCUAUAGCGUUGCUUAUAGCAGCGAGUGUGUUCCCGCUAGUGAUGGACUCUGGUGCUGUUUUGUUACAACGGACUCCAGCGUCGCUCGAACGGGCGCUUCCGAAUUUAUAUACUAGGGUAGUAGGUUUAGCGGGUGUACAUGCGGUUCAAGAGCCGCAUUUCUGGACUCUUUGCAGUGACGUACACGUUGGCGCGUUAAAACUCGAGGUCGCGAGGGAAGUUGAUCCACGUUAUGUCACCGAUCAAGCUGCGAGGAUAUUCAGAGAAGCAGGCGUGAAACACCUAACAGUUCAAUUAGACUACUCCCCGCUUUGAUUAAGAGCGUAAUAUAUCACAAAUGUACAUAUUACCACAGAGUGGACAUUUAUUGUAUAUAAGGAAAAUAAUUUAAUUUGUGUCCCGUUAAAUCGCAUUUUAAAUUGCCGUCAAUAUUUUAUUUAAAAGCUAACGAAGCAUACCAAAAUAUAUACAUAUAUUUUUUAUUUUGUAUGUGCAAUUACUAAAGAUAGUUCGGAUUUUAAUAGGUUUAUAUGACGUUCAGCCAAUCGUGCCGUGUUUUCCAAUAAAGCUUCCAAAGCUUUUAGAUACGUUAGAUAGAUAUAUUGUAAUAAUGUCUCAAAAUUGUCUUAGAAUUCAAAUAAUAUUCAGGGUGUGAAAAUAGUUAUUCUAAUAAAAACAUCGUGGAUUUUAACUUCAAAUAUAGUUGUAUAUUGUGA